CAAUGAGCUCUCAGUGUUACUGGGGCAGCUGCACUGCUGGUUCUGACUGUAAAUGGCCCAGAAGCCAGCUGUUGGCAAGACUACAUUUCCCAUCAUGCCCUGCACUCUUCUCUAUCCAUCACUGCUGCCCUUGCCGCCGUAGGCAGGUAGGUACCAACCAAUGAGCUCUCAGUGUUACUGGGGCAGCUGCACUGCUGGUUCUGACUGUAAAUGGCCCAGAAGCCAGCUGUUGGCAAGACUACAUUUCCCAUCAUGCCCUGCACUCUUCUCUGUCCAUCACUGCUGCCCUUGCCGCCGUAGGCAGGUAGGUACCAACCAAUGAGCUCUCAGUGUUACUGGGGCAGCUGCACUGCUGGUUCUGACUGUAAAUGGCCCAGAAGCCAGCUGUUGGCAAGACUACAUUUCCCAUCAUGCCCUGCACUCUUCUCUAUCCAUCACUGCUGCCCUUGCCGCCGUAGGCAGCAGCUUCCUGUACUACCGCUGGUUCCGCCCCUCCGGCUCCUCCCCUGCGGGUUCCAUGGCCGCCGCCCAUGCCAAGGCUCUCACCUCCCCGUACCCUGGGUCCCAGGUGCAGCGCCGUCCUGUCCCCCCGGAGAAGAUCAGUUGGGCGGCGGAUUGGCCGGAAUAUGAUCCUGUGGAUUAUACCGCCCCCUACGUGCUGACCAACCCCCCAUGGGCAGAUCCACUAUUGGGGAGUGAAGGCUUCUCCCCCCAAUUCAAUGCCCUGGAUGGCGCCGUGCAGAGAGAGAGCCUACAGGGCACCUACAGCGUGGUGGGCGGGGUCCCCAGGAACCCUGUGGGUCGGACUGGGGUUAAAGGAAGGGGACUGCUGGGGCGGUGGGGCCCUAACCACGCGGCCGACCCACUUAUAACAAGGUGGAAACAGGACUCUGAUGGCCGCCGGGUGACGGAUAAAGGCACCGGGAAGCCAAUUCUGCAGUUUGUCGCUAUACAGAGAAAAGACUGCGGCCAGUGGGCCAUCCCUGGGGGCAUGGUGGAUCCGGGAGAGCUGGUGAGUGCCACGCUGCACAGGGAGUUCUGUGAGGAGGCGCUCAACUCCCUGGAGGGCUCGGGGGAUCAGAGUGAGAGUGAGAAGAAAAUCCAGGAGCUUUUCUCCCAGGAGCACUUGCUGAUAUACAGGGGGUACGUGGACGACCCGCGGAACACAGACAACUCAUGGAUGGAGACCCAGGCUGUGAAUUACCACGAUGAGACAGGGCACCUCCUCAGUCAGAUACGCUUGGAAGCCGGGGACGAUGCCGGGAAGGUACAGUGGGUGGAUGUGAGCGGGGACUGUAGUCUCUAUGCCAACCAUGCCAGGUUCAUCCACAUCCUGGCACAGAAGCGGGGGGCACACUGGUAAUAAUGGGCGGGACAAGAGUGGCUAUGAGCCCGCCCCCAAUGUAAUGCCAGCGAGGAGACUGGCAGCUGCUGAUACAGGAAUGGCCCUGCCCACUGGGCACCCAGCACCCUAUGCACUGAGAGACUGUACUGCCAGUGGGUAGAAAGGCGCCCCCUACUGGCCUGUAAUGUACAGUACUGCUAGUGGGAACAAGGGCGCCCCUACUGGCCUGUAAUGUACAGUACUGCUAGUGGGUACACGGGCGCCCCCUACUGGCCUGUUAUGUGCAAUAAAGUGAUGUUCAACUGUU